UCCAAAGCCUACUGCCAGUUCUCUUCCUGGAUGAACUGCAACGGAGAGGCUAAAGAUGAUUCCUUUCUUAUCCAUAUUUUCUCUGCUCUUGCUGGUUGUUGUUAACCCUGCAAAUGCCAAUGGUCAUUAUGACAAAAUUUUGGCUCAUAGCCGUAUCAGAGGCCGAGAUCAGGGCCCAAAUGUCUGUGCCCUUCAACAGAUUUUAGGCACCAAAAAGAAAUACUUCAGCACUUGUAGAAACUGGUAUCAAGGUGCCAUCUGUGGAAAGAAAACGACUGUGCUAUAUGAAUGUUGCCCUGGUUAUAUGAGAAUGGAAGGAGUGAAAGGCUGCCCAGCAGUUUUGCCUAUUGACAAUGUUUAUGGUACUCUGGGCAUUGUGGGAGCCACCACAACACAACACUAUUCUGAUGUCUCAAAAUUGAGAGAAGAGAUCGAAGGAAAAGGAUCAUUCACUUACUUUGCACCAAGUAAUGAGGCUUGGAACAACUUGGAUUCUGAUAUCCGUAGAGGUUUGGAGAGCAAUGUAAAUGUUGAAUUAUUGAAUGCUUUACAUAGCCACAUGGUUAAUAAGCGAAUGUUAACCAAAGACUUAAAAAAUGGUAUGAUUGUUCCUUCGAUGUACAACAAUUUGGGGCUUUUCAUUAACCAUUAUCCUAAUGGGGUUGUCACUGUGAAUUGUGCUCGAAUCAUCCAUGGGAACCAGAUUGCAACAAAUGGUGUUGUACAUGUCAUUGACCGUGUCCUUACACAAAUUGGUACCUCAAUUCAAGACUUCAUUGAAGCAGAAGAUGACCUCUCAUCUUUUAGGGCAGCAGCCAUCACAUCUGAUAUAUUGGAAGCCCUUGGAAGAGAUGGUCACUUCACACUCUUUGCUCCCACCAAUGAGGCCUUUGAGAAACUUCCACGAGGUGUCCUAGAAAGGAUCAUGGGAGACAAAGUGGCUUCUGAAGCUCUCAUGAAAUAUCACAUUUUAAACACUCUCCAGUGUUCUGAGGCCAUUACAGGAGGAGCAGUCUUUGAGACUCUGGAAGGAAACACAAUUGAGAUAGGAUGUGAUGGUAACAGCAUAACAGUAAAUGGAAUAAAAAUGGUGAACAAAAAAGAUAUUGUGACAAACAAUGGUGUUAUUCAUUUGAUUGAUCAGGUCCUAAUUCCUGAUUCUGCCAAACAAGUUAUUGAGCUUGCUGGAAAUCAACAAACCACUUUUGCAGACCUCAUAGCCCAGUUAGGUUUGGCAUCUACUCUGAGGCCAGAUGGAGAAUAUACUUUGCUGGCACCUGUGAAUAAUGCAUUUUCUGAUGAUACUCUGAGCAUGGAUCAGCGCCUUCUUAAAUUAAUUCUGCAGAAUCAUAUAUUGAAAGUAAAAGUUGGACUUAAUGAGCUUUACAAUGGACAAAAACUUGAGACCAUUGGAGGCAAACAGCUCAGAGUCUUUGUGUAUCGAACAGCUGUCUGCAUUGAAAAUUCCUGCAUGGUGAGAGGAAGCAAGCAAGGGAGAAAUGGCGCUAUUCACAUAUUCCGAGAGAUCAUCAAACCAGCAGAGAAAUCCCUCCAUGAAAAGUUAAAACAAGAUAAACGCUUUAGCAUUUUCCUUAGCUUUCUAGAAGCUGCAGAUUUGAAAGAGCUCCUAACACAACCUGGGGAUUGGACUUUAUUUGUUCCAACCAAUGAUGCCUUUAAGGGAAUGACUAAUGAAGAAAAGGAAAUUCUGAUUCGCAACAAAAAUGCUCUUCAAAACAUUAUCCUUUAUCACCUGACACCAGGAGUUUUCAUUGGAAAGGGGUUUGAACCUGGUGUUACUAACAUUCUAAAGACCAUACAAGGAAGCAAAAUCUAUCUGAAAGGAGUAAAUGACACACUUCUGGUAAAUGAAUUGAAAUCAAAAGAAUCUGACAUCAUGACAACAAAUGGUGUCAUUCAUGUUGUAGAUAAACUUCUCUAUCCAGCAGACAUGCCUAUUGGAAGUGAUCAGCUGCUGGAAGUACUUAAUAAACUGAUCAAAUAUAUCCAAAUUAAGUUUGUUCGUGGUAGCACCUUCAAAGAAAUCCCCAUGACUGUCUAUAGACCCACAAUAACAAAGAUGAAAAUUGAAGGUGAACCUAAAUUCAGACUGAUUAAGGAAGGUGAAACAGUAACUGAAAUAAUCCAUGGAGAGCCAAUUAUUAAAAAAUACACCAAAAUCAUUGAUGGAGUGCCUGUGGAAAUAACUGAAAAAGAGACAAGGGAAGAACGAAUCAUUACAGGUCCUGAAAUAAAAUAUACUAGGAUUACUACUGGUGGUAGAGAAACAGAAGAAACUCUGAAGAAAUUGUUGCAAGAAGAGGUCACCAAAGUCACCAAACUCAUUGAAGGUGGUGAUGAUCAUUUACUUGAAGAUGAAGAAAUUAAAAGACUGCUUCAGGGAGACACACCUGUGAGGAAGAUACAAGACAAUAAGAGAGUUCAAGGAUCUAGAAGACGGUCAAGAGAAGGUCAUUCUCAGUGAAAAUCCAGACAAGACGACAAAGUUUAUACAACCCUAAACCCUGACAUUAAAGAAUUAUUAUGAAAGCCACUUUGAUUUCAGGAAAUAAACCAUGACUGCAAAAAAAAAAAAAAACAAUCAUUGAACAAUUCUGAAUGCAAAUUUAAUUCUUUUUAAUUAGGAAAAUGAGGGGAAUUGUGGACUUUACAAUCUCAAUUGUGAGAUGGGAACUGAGGGAAUUCAAACACCUUAUAGGUUUUUACAUCUUGACAUUAAACAUUCUGACGAACUUUGGGAUCCAUCAAAGAAAAUCCUUAUCACUGGAUCCAUUACAAUUCAAAUCUCAGUGGUGAGCCGUUAUCUGAUUCAGAAAAUUAAGCCUUGAAUUUAUUUAGUGGAUAGAGAAAAUGUAUGCAAUCAGUUACUUCUCCAUGAAAAACUAACUUAUAGAAAAGGGUGCUCAAUAUUAAGAAAACAACCCUAGCCAGUUUGGCUCAGUGAAUAGAGCAUUGGCCUGAGGACUGAAGGGUCCCAGGUUCUAUUUUGGCCAAGGGCGCAUGCCCAGGUUGCAGGCUUGAUUCCCAGAGGGGGGUGUGCAGGAGGCAGCCAAUCAAUGAUUCUCUCUCAUCAUUGAUGUUUCUAUCUCUCUCUCUUCCUCUCUGAAACCAAUAAAAAUAUAUAUUAAAAAUAUUAAGAAAACAAACAAAACUUUUACAUCAAAAGGUUUUGCACAUUUCUAAUGCAAUGUGGGUUUACUGGUAAAUUAUGUAUUUCUACAACUCAUUUUAUACUCUUGAAAUAUUUGUCAUAUGCUGUUUGCAGUACAUAUUUUUAUAUCAAAUAUUUCAAUAUAACCAUACAUUUUUCAGCUAUAAAGAGAAUUACUUCAAAUUGGGUAAUUCAGAAAACUCAAGAUUUAAAGUAAUAAGUGGUUUGGACAUGGAUUUUUAUACCUCCUUUGUUGUAACAAAUACUCAUUAAAGGAAGCUG